AUCAAGUUCUCACAGCACACACAAAAAUGAGCGCUGCAAAACCGAAAUCUGAGAUGUCAGAAGCUGAGCUUCGCGAAAUUGAAGAGCAAGAAUUCAACACCGGACCACUAUCCGUCUUGCAACAGGCUGUCAAAAAUAACUCACAAGUCUUGAUCAACUGCCGCAACAAUCGCAAGUUGUUGGCGCGCGUCAAAGCUUUUGAUCGACACUGCAACAUGGUACUCGAAAACGUAAAGGAAAUGUGGACCGAAGUGCCCAAGAGUGGAAAGGGAAAGAAGGCAAAGCCUGUCAACAAAGAUAGAUUCAUUAGCAAAAUGUUCCUUCGAGGAGACACUGUCAUCCUAGUUUUACGAAACACUGUAUAAACAUUCAAAUAAAACCAUCGACUAUUUCGCUGUUUACUAAAACGACCUGGCGGUAACAACGUGUGUUAAAAGACGCUUAGACCGAUGGAAACAUACGAUAUAGUGGCGCGCAGUCAGUCAUAUUA